CACUAUAUUGUUAUAGAAGACUCUGAUAAUUCUCAACUUUAUAUUGAUAUGAAUCAAGUUCAUAUAGAUGAUUAUGAUAUAUUUAGUUCUUAUAUAAAUUCUUAUAAAGACCUUUAUAAUAAUGAGUGUGAUAAUUUAGAUUCUUAUAAACUAUUACAAGAAACUGUUGAAAGCAAUAAAUCUUCUACAUUAAA